AUGUUCACCCAGCUCCGACAGAUGGGAAUGAACGACCGCAGAUAUAAGUACAAUACCGACGGUAUACUCAAAGCUAAUGAUCUGUCUGCGUUGGAAAUCCUUUUGACGGAAGUUUCCUCGGAGUAUGGCUCGAACGACACUGCAAAGAACAGCUUUGGUCAUCACAAAGCUAUGUUCGGAACGCUGGCGAUGCUACGAACCUUGGCCCAAUCUAAUGAAAAAGCAUCGUUUAAGGCUUUCUCCAAACUCAAAGUCCAUUUUUUGCAUGCUCAUAGUAAACAUUGGUCCAUGUCCACACCGGCAUCAGGCAUAUACGUAAUGAACAAAGAACAGAGAGUUGAGGCUCCUGUUAGAUUCCCGAAAAGGACCUCACUCCCAUGCCAUUCAUUUCGUUCUUUAAAACCCUCAGUGUAA